CUGGGACCGGGGCAGUCAUGGCGCCACCCGUGAGGUACUGCAUCCCCGGCGAACGUCUGUGCAACUUGGAGGAAGGCAGCCCCGGCAGCGGCACCUACACCAGGCACGGCUACAUCUUUUCGUCGCUUGCUGGCUGCCUAAUGAAGAGCAGCGAAAACGGCGCGCUUCCUGUUGUGUCUGUGAUGAGAGAAACAGAGUCCCAGCUACUGCCAGAUGUGGGGGCUAUUGUUACCUGUAAGGUGUCUAGCAUCAAUUCACGCUUUGCCAAAGUACACAUUCUAUAUGUGGGAUCUACACCACUUAAGAACUCUUUCCGAGGAACUAUCCGCAAGGAAGAUGUUCGAGCUACUGAAAAAGACAAGGUUGAAAUAUAUAAGAGUUUCCACCCUGGUGACAUUGUCUUGGCCAAAGUGAUCUCCCUGGGUGAUGCACAGUCCAACUACCUUUUGACCACUGCCGAAAAUGAGCUGGGGGUGGUGGUGGCCCACAGUGAGUCAGGGGUCCAAAUGGUUCCCAUCAGCUGGUGUGAGAUGCAGUGCCCUAAGACCCACACUAAGGAAUUCAGGAAAGUGGCCCGGGUUCAGCCUGAAUUCUUGCAGACCUAAGCUACCAUACUCUACCCCAUGGAAGAGGGUAAGCUGUUUCCAGAGUACAGUGUGAAAGUCACAUCAAGAUGCACUGUUUUUGUUCAGACUCCUGUGGUCAGCCAGCAACCACCUAUCGAAAACUCUGCCAGAAACCUACUCUGUAGGUGAGACCUUUUUCCGGCGAACCUUUUAGUGGGUUUCAUUUUCACAGGUGAUAAAUUUCUCUUGGAAGCACCAGCAAGCAAACGAAAAUUUUGGCAAGAGUCUGUUCCUUCUGAUAGUCUUAAAGAUAAUGUGAUUUUUUGUUGGUUGGUUUUUUUUGCUAUGACAAAACAUUUUUACUUAAUUUGUGGUUUCUGUUGUCUUGAGUGGGAAAAGAAUCUAAAUGGUACCAUGACAUAUAGAGCAGGGGUUUGCCUUGUGUCACCCCUUUACCCAUAUGUCAAGUGCUUGCUGGACAAAGCCUAAUCUCCUAUCUUCUUUGUGUUUUUUAUUCUCUCAGUACCUCUAUUUAUUGAGUGCUAACUGUGCGCCAGGCACCAGGUCAAGAACUUUACAUAUUUUCCCUCACUUAGGGAGAUUAUGGGUUGGUGCAAACUGGGACAUGUGAUUCUGGGAGCAUGCACAGAGUUCUCAAAGCAACUCGGUAAACGUGGCAUUACUGAGAGCGUGGGUACAUCUGAAUUGAAGAGGCACCAAAUACUGAAAUAUGAGAUGGCCAGGAAAGGAUUUGUGACAGGAGAUAAAACAAAUUUUGAAGCAUUUAAUAAGUGAAGAAGUUCAAAACAGAGAAGCCCAAGCUAUGUACCAAAGCAGGAGUGAGCACAGAAGUUGGAGGGUGAGGAAGGGGAGACGGUUAGCACGGAGAGGCCCCUGGAGGGAGGAAGGUGACUCAGGAGGUGUCACUUGAGAUGUCACUCCUGUGCAUAGUGACAGUGGCCGAGGGUGAGCUUUGGCGCAACUGCCCUGCGUGUCUCCUAGACCAAGUCCAGUCUAUUUUUGUUCCUACUGAAACCAAUACCCAGGGUCAGCCAGCAGCUGCCUCUAGAAAAAUCUGCCAGAAAUGUACUCUGUAGGUGGAACAUUUUUCUUGUGAACCUUUCAGUGGCUUUCACUUUCAGGAGUGGCAAGUUUCUCUUCUGGAAGCCCCAGCAGACCAGCAGUUGAGGUCAUUGUAGGUCCAGUGCGACCAAAAGAAAUUAAAGAAAUCCCUGGUGGCUCCGCCCAGUUUCUCUCGGUGACAUUUUACAAGUUAUCCCUGUGCUCUGUGAGUCAGGGUGUCAACAUUGAUCCUUGAGCAGAUUGUUUCUUUUUAAGUCUCUUUGCUCAUCUGGAACAGUGUAACCUCAGGAUUCUUGCGAGGAUGAAAUGCAUGAAGCACCAGUGCCUGCUCAUCUUAACAAACUUGCGUAUCUGAUUGCCUGCCAUCAGGGUCUAUUAAAUGUCAGGGUUUGUGUGCUACACUUUGAUGUAGCUUGUUUAAUCAGCCUCCCUCUAGGGUGGGUAUUUUAAAACCUUACAACUAUU